AUGGAUUUCAGUUGUCAGAGUAGGGAGAGGAACAGGGGCAGUAACGAUAGGAAGAAUGAGUGUUGCAGUGAUGAACCGAUUCAAGUGGAUGUAGGCGCAAUGAUUGUUUGUGAGAUACUGGCGAAACGUGAAGCGUGGUGGCCAAAUUUACGUGUAUUCGAUGUGGCGGGUAGUGCGUUGCAGUCGGACGGCAUCGACGCAAUUAGUGAUCGUAUCACACAAUUCAUCACUCUACACCCUCGACUUCAGUAUAUCUCAAUUUUGGAUACACCUCUGAAUCGACAUCCCUAUCAGUACCCGCAUCACAGGGAUAUUCCUCUACAGAUCGCAAACGGUGGAACACGAGCACAGUGCUUGUUGGCGUUGCAACGAUAUUGGCGAUCGGAUCGAGAGGCAUUCACGGCACAUUCCCUACAGGCCGUCUACUAUUUGUUGCAG